CCGGGACGCUGUAGCGAGACUAUGGACCGGAGAAAAAAGCCUUUGGACGUCACCGCGUCCUCGUUGGUAGACCUUAAGGCUGAACUCUUCCGAAAGCAAGAAGAAUUCAAGCAAGAAAAACUUCUAAAAGAUGCUGGAGUUUUGGGGAAACCAAAACCUACUACUAAGAAACCAAGUAUCUGGAGCAAACAGAAUGCAGGAGUUUCUAAUCGAGCUGAGAAAGAUGCUGAACAGAAGAUUGAGGAACAGAAGACUUUGGACAAAGCGAGGGAGAAAUUAGAAGAAAAAGCCAAAUUAUAUGAAAAAAUGACUAAAGGAGACUUUAUAGAUGAAGAAGUGGAGGAUAUGUACCUUGUGGAUUUCACACAGAAGAUCAUUGACAAACACAAAGAAAUGGAAGUGAUUGGUGCCAAUAGAGAUUGCAGAAAGGCAGGAGGAAGAGAAGAUGAAGAAGAAACCCUUUCUGAAAAAGAGAUCCCUCCUCCCCAGGACCCUGGGGAAGACUGGGUGGAUUAUGUGGAUUCUUUAGGGCGAUCCCGGCGAUGUAUGAGAAAGGAUUUGCCAGAUCUGCUGGAAAUGGAUAAGAAUCUUCAGGGGAGACUUUUUGUUAGUCCUGCAAAUGAAAAAACCUUAUUAUCUGAAGAUAUGAGAAAAGAACUCCAGCGCCAGCAAUGGGAGGAAGAAGAGAGGGAGGCCCUGAGAAGGCCAAUGGGGCCUGUACAUUAUGAAGACAUUCGUGAAAAUGAGGCCAGGCAACUCGGUGUUGGGUACUUUGCCUUUGCCCGAGAUAAAGAGUUGAGAAACAAGCAGAUGAAGACUUUAGAAAUGCUGCGUGAACAGACAACAGAUCAGAGAACAAAACGAGAAAACAUAAAGGAAAAGAGAAAGGCUAUGUUAGAAGCAAGACUUGCCAAACUUCGACAGAAAAAGAUGAAAAAAUCAAAAGAAGAUGGAGCAGAGGAAGAAAAUAGAGAUGGAGAUGUUAUUGGGCCUUUGCCACCAGAACCAGAAGUCUCGCCAGUUCCUCAUACAGCUGUCCAAAGUAGCAAAGUAGAAGUCAUCGUUCAGGAGAGAAAGGAUACUAGGCCUGGGGUGCCGCACGUCCGGGAGUGGGACAGAGGAAAAGACUUUUCCUUUGGGUACUGGUCGAAGAGGCAAUCAGAUCUCCGGGCUGAGAGAGACCCUGAGUUUGCCCCACCAUCGAAUUACUUUGUGGCCCAAAAGAGAGCUGCUUCUCUGAGUAGCCAGGCAUGGAACAGACCUGCACCUGCACAGAGUGACCCAGGGCAACACUUUGGCCAGAGCCAUGACCCUGGCUCUUCACAUACAUCAUCUACUCCUGCUCACAGCGGCCCACCACAAGCCCAGACGGUCACUUUUGAAACUCUGGAUGAUAUGAUAUCAUAUUAUAAACAAGUAACAUGAACUUAAAAACACU